UCCUUCAGGGUGUCCACCGGCUACAUAAGACGCCUGGGAGGGCCACGUCCCACAGGCUGCGUCUUGAAGACGGACGCAACAGUUCCUCCUAAGGCUGCCAUAACCGGAAAUGAAGUUUCAGGUCACCGUGUGUAUUUUGGGUGUAGUGGGACUGGUGUCAGCCGUCCCAGUACCCUCCACGGCUACACUAACCUCCAGCGCUGAUGUCAACCAGGUGGACCCGGAAGAGCUCUCGCAAGCGUUAGAAAUCACUUCGAAGUUCCUACCUACCCUAAAAGAAGCUCUCACCAACGAGGAUGGGACGCAGAUCGAUAGGAUCGGCAGGAUCACUCUGGCUUUCCUUCCUCUCUUCCGCUCCGUGGUCGACCACCGCGGUAGGACCUCCCUGGACUUCGACACCGAGAAGAACCUGAAGAGGCAGGAGGCUGCAGAACGAGUAGUGCCCCAGACGCUGGAGUUCGUAAAGCUCUUCGUGGAUCUGCUGCCGGAGACGCCCGCCCCUACACCCACCACCUUCAAGACUCAGGACUUCAACAUUCCCACCUUCGACAGUGAAUUCGUACCAGACCAAACCAUUCCCGAAGUCCGGAUUCCCGCUACGAAAUUUGUUCCAGAAAUUGUAAUUCCCGAAAUCAAGAUUCAGUAAUUUUUUAUUUGCAUUUUGCUUAUUGGCAUUUGCAUUUUGCUCGAAAGAUGAAGGGCAUUUAGAGUUUGGUUACUGUGAAGUUGGUCUGUAGCAGGUUUCAUGUUCUUUAUAAAAAUAUUAAAAUGUGCAUCAAUCAGUACUACUCAUGGUCUUUUAAAAUAAGAACUAAAUAUAUGUUUAAUCUGACUGGUA